AGUUAGCAGUGUAGGUGUAGUAGCGUCGAAAGGUGUUAGCUUUUUUUUUUUUUUUGGCUAAUCGUUUUAUGGAACUACAGACGAUAGCAAAGACUUGUUGCGAAAUAUCGGUGACUCAUGUACAUUUCUCAGUAAAUGUACCGUCGCUGAACUAGAGCUCGGAAAUUAUUGCUGCUUCGGUUAGAUGACGUGUGCAGUUUGUUAGUAAAGGAGUGUAGUGUCUAGUUAUUAGCUGUGUUUUGUUAGCUACAGUCUUCUUGUUUGGCUGUCCCUGUUUUCGGUUGGAAACAACCUAUUCAAGUGGAGGACAAAAGCUGGACUUGAACUUUGUUCUAUUUAUGACGCUCAGAGCCAUUCCCACUGCAUCACCUGAACCUUCCCAGCCCAUUUAUUUCGCCAUAUAUUAUUAAUCAAUCCCAAAUAAAUGCUUGGCAUCAAUAUGAUUGUUUACAUUAACAUGACCCAGCCCACUGGGACAAGAAUCCCACAAAACCAAGGCUCCCAAAUGAUAUGAUAGUAACCACCUGGAUUACUUUCUGUGCCUGCAGGAGUCUUGCACAGGUUUUGCUCUUCCUUCCCUUCUCAGAUUCCCUCCCUCCAUUCUGGGAUACCCUUGCUAGUUUGGUUGGUGGCACUGGAGUCAUGGGUAAUAGCUGUGUGUGUCGAGAGGAUAGCGACUUGGAGGAUCAUCACCACCGUGGGCCAUCAAGGGCAGCCCGGGACCAAAACCGGCGGGUGGAUCACACCAUAGGUUUAGGUAUUGAUGCCGGAGAGCCACGAGGCAGUCGACCCAGGGACCCAGUCAGACCACCACGGCGAGGACGAGGGCCUCAUGAGCCAAGGCGCAAGAAGCAGAAUGUGGAUGGCCUGGUACUGGACACGUUGGCUGUCAUCAGGACACUUGUAGACAAUGACCAAGAGCCCCCUUACUCCAUGAUCACCUUACAUGAGAUGGCAGAGACAGAUGAUGGAUGGUUAGAGGUGGUCCAGUCUCUGAUACGAGUGAUCCCAUUGGAUGAUCCACUGGGCCCUGCAGUGAUCACCCUUCUACUGGAUGAGUGCCCCUUGCCCACUAAGGAUGCUCUUCAAAAACUGUCUGACAUGUUGAGCCUGAGUGCAGCUGCAGCUCGACAAGAUGCUGUGAAUCCUGCUAAACACAGAAACACCACAGCUGUCCUGGGAUGUCUGGCAGAGAAACUAGCUGGACCAGCCAGUAUUGGGCUGUUGAGCCCUGGAACCCUUGAAUAUCUUCUCGAAAGCCUGAGCUCAGAGGCCCAUCCUACUGUAAUGCUGUUUGCUCUCAUUGCCCUGGAGAAGUUCUCCCAGACCAGUGAGAACAAGCUGACAGUGUCUGAGUCAUGUAUCAGCAAUCGACUUGCUAUACUGGAGACGUGGGCAGAACAUCCUGACUAUCUGAAGAGGCAGGUUGGAUUCUGCUCCCAGUGGAGCCUUGACAACCUCUUUCUCAAGGAGGGUCGGCAGUUCACAUACGAAAAGGUCAACCUCACCAAUAUCAAUGCCAUGCUCAACAGCAAUGAUGUCAGCGAGUACCUCAAGAUUUCUCCCACUGGAUUAGAGGCACGAUGUGAUGCCUCGUCCUUUGAGAGUGUCCGUUGUACAUUCUGCGUGGAUUCAGGUGUUUGGUACUAUGAGGUGACGGUCGUUACGUCAGGUGUUAUGCAGAUUGGAUGGGCCACCAAGGACAGCAAGUUCCUCAACCAUGAGGGUUAUGGGAUCGGAGAUGAUGAAUACUCGUGUGCGUAUGAUGGCUGCAGGCAGCUUAUCUGGUACAACGCUCGCAGUAAACCUCACUGUCACCCCUGCUGGAAGGAAGGAGAUGCCAUCGGGUUCCUGUUGGAUCUUAGGAAGAAGCAGAUGAUCUUCUACCUGAAUGGAUGCGAGAUGCCACCAGAGAUACAGGUUUUUUCCUCUGCUACGUCUGGUUUCUUUGCAGCAGCCAGCUUCAUGUCAUACCAGCAGUGUGAGUUUAACUUUGGGUCCAAGCCUUUCCGCCACCCACCUUCUGUCAAGUUCAGCACUUUUAAUGACUUUGCUUCUCUGUUGCCCAGUGAAAAGAUCAUUUUACCCAGACACCGGCGUCUGGCCUUACUAAAGCAGGUCAGCAUCAGAGAAAAUUGCUGCACACUGUGUUGUGAUGUUAUGGCUGACACAGAGCUGCGGCCCUGUGGACACAGUGGUAUUUGUAUGGAGUGUGCCUUACAGUUAGAGACAUGCCCUCUUUGCCGCCAGGACAUCCAGACCCGAGUCAGACUCAUUGCACACGUAUCUUGACACAUCUCCUGCCCCUCCUACCAGGAGAGACUCUUGACACCUAUAGCCUGGCCCUCUCACCACCACUCGCCCAGCAGGACUCUGAGGUUGGCGCUGCAGUAUUGUGAGGGUGCUGGAGCUGUGAGUUCUGCUCAACAACAACAACAGCAGCAGCAGUUGUGGAGAGAUGGAGAGAAGCAGAGAGCAGGGUGAUAAAACAGCUGGUUAUCCACAAGUGUUUCCUCAUUUUCCUACAUCGUCCGUUUGUAUUCUUCUGAUAGGUAACUGCCGACACUGGGCGAAGAGUCGUCACCUUUUUGACUGUUUUUCAGUGAGAAGAAGCAGAAACGGUUUAGCCAGAUGACAGACAGAACCAUCUGGUCAUGUUUCUUGUUCUGAGUACAGAAAGGAGAAUCUGAUGGCACUUUCCACCUGGAGCCUUCUACUGUUUAAUUCCAUUCAGUGGUUCAUGGGUUCAGUUUGUUCAUCCAUAAAAAUCAGGAAAUUACAAUAAAGAUCCUUGUAAAGCUCGCAUCCGCAGAUCUCAAAGGUUUGUAUUGAUAUUAAACUUAAGGUACAGCUGAAUUCAAAUUGAUAGUCACUUCCAUAUUUUGGGUGUAAUUUUAAAGCUAAUGGUGUUCUCAAUGUAGCAUUUUCCUUCUCAUUGCUGCAUAUUAAGCAUUAAUAUAUUUACCAACAUUUGUACUUUUGUAUGUUUCACUGAUCCUGUUGAUAAUCUGCCCAAAGAAAAUACCCAGGUUUGCAUUCGGCAUCAGUUUCAAGGCAGCAUAAAGGUGUCCCAAGCAUCUUGCUGGAUUACUUCUAGGAUUGUGUUGUGUUUUAUGUUACAGUAGAACAUCAGAAUUCUGGAGCUCGCAUCCAAACCAAAUCAUUUGUAGCAAAGCCGGUGUCGCCAACCGAACAGUCCGCCCUGCCUUCACUUCACAUGCGUCAUUUCGGAGCGCCAACAGCAAUUCACUGAUUAUCACCUUAUUUCUGCUUAAAACUGAACUCCAGUCAUCAUCUAUGUCAGCAACAGAUAUCUGAAGCUUUUGUACAACAAUCAUUUUCACAUAAAUUAAGCAAUAAUUCAUAAUAAAAGAUGGGGGAGUGAUCAGAGUGCGACACCAGCGUGUCUGAGACUGACUGAGUCUGACUCUCUACCCCCAAAGCAAUCAAAGGGAAUAAUGUGAUUAUUAAUCAUCAGAUGACAAAGUAAAACCUCUUAAGUCAUUCUAAAGUCAGUUUUAAGCAGAAACGAGGCGAUAAUCGUUGAAUCGCUGCUGACGCUCCAAAAUAACGCAUGCGUGGUGAAGGCAGGGGGGACCGUUCGGUCGGUGACACCGGCCCUCUUUGCGUCAUCUUUGCUGCGAUGUGACUCGACGGCUAUUCAUUUUGUCUGUAAUGGCCACAACAAAUUAAAAACACAGGGAUUGCAGUUUACAUAAACACAAAAGCAUGUUUGUUUUUUAAUUUUUUUGUUACACUUGCUUGUGUGAAGAGGCAGUGAGAGCAAACUCUGCACUCGAGUUUCCACUGACUCUUCGCCUCCAUUGUGAGUCAAACUCGGAUGAUUGACAGCAUAACAAUAACAAGUGGUUUUAUGUUAAUGUGCCUGCAGUGUCCUUGUUUAAUUGUCAAAGCAGAAACGCAAUCAUUACGAUGGCCUUCUGCAAUCUACAAGCGGUCAUUGAACUGUUGUCGUGCAUCACAGUGAACACUGAUACAGAAAUGCAGCGCGUUGUGUUGGAGCGCAUCGAUGAUCAGCUAAUGUAAACAGUUAAACAGGUUUUGUUAAAUGUCUCUGGGUCAUUCUAACAAUUUUAUUCCAGGUUUGAUUUGACAUUGAAAUACUUGACGUAAUAUAAAGAAAUCAUUAAAGGCACUACCCACAGUUCUGUGACAUAUUGAGAGUGUGGACUUAACAGUUUAAGUGUAUUUUGUUUUGUCAUGCUGUAAAUCUUUCUUAUGUUAACAUGAUGCACGUCUGCUCAAUAGCGUGCGAUUUGUACCUGAUACGCAGUUUCUUUAUGCUGUAACAGUGCAACAUCUCUGCUACUUUACUAUAGCAAGCACCUGUUUUUCUUCUGGUUCAUUCUUUACUUGAAUUUGUUUUUUUGUUUUGUUUUUUUCUUCAAAUUAAACUGGGUUUACAGAGUUCACCAUUUCAGAAACGGGUAAUGAAGUCUUUAAGAGUAAUUACAAUGGUAGGAAAAUUAAUCUGAUGCUUCAAUAAUUCAAGCCGAUAUUGAAAGGUGCCUGCAGAAGUUACUACUGAAUCAAGCUGCAUGUCCUGGCUCCAUGAAGUCAUGCAGAAUAUAGCGGGAAUGUUUUCUCAAUAUAACAUGCAUCUCAGUACGAAAAAGACUGGCUUUGUUUCUGCUUACUGCCUUGUAUUUCCGGGAGCACCUUAUAUAGCCAGGUUAGAGAAAUUAUCAAAGUUGAUGACAUUUUGGAUUGUAAAGAUGAAAUGUAUUUAAGCCUCUAUAAAAGGAGUUUUGCCCCAGAGUUCCCAAAGAUGUGAUUUAUUGAAGAUAUGUUGUCUCCUGAAUUGUGACAUUUCUAAUAAAUGUAUGUUCCUGUGAUUUCUGUA